AUGAAUAAUAAUUAUUUUUUCGGGAUUACUUAAAAUUUAUAAUAUUUUUUCGAAGUGAUAGCUAUUAAAUUUCUUCAAUAAAUUUUCAUAACUUAUAAUUUCCUUGACUAUUUUAUUUUAGUUUAUUAUUUUAGAAAAGUCACUCACUUCAUCCAUAACUUAGUCUGUUUAUAGAUUUUAUAAAGAAAAUAAUUUCUCGAGUAUUUCUUUAAAUUUAUUAUAUUUUUCCUCUUUAUCAUUUAUUUUUUGUAUUUCUUAUAUAUAAUAAAAAUAAAUGCGUAUUAUUUCUUAUAUGUCAUUUUCUAUUUCAUUCAAUAGCUCUAUAUCUAUUUAAAAUAUCAAAAAUUUACUUAAAACAGUAAUUUCUUCUUCUAUAUCUAUUUCGCAUUUGCUCGAUAAUUUUUUUUCUGUUAAAUAUAGGCAAAAGUUUGUUUCUUAGAAUCCAUAAUAAAAUAAAUAUUUUAUAAAUUUUAAUGUCUUAUAUUCACUUUCUUCGUUAAAAGGAAGGAAGAAGCAUAAAUGAAGUUUAUUUGUUUUAGCAUUUUCCUUUAAUUGUAAAUAUGA